AUGUCGGAAAUUUCACAGGAUUCGUUCCGGGUUCUGAGGAAUUCGGGAUGGGUCUUGUCAGAGACGCUGCUCCACAAUUCGCCGGCAACCAAUUCGACAUUGGACUCCCCAAUGGAUCAAGAUUCAGCAGUCCAACGUCAGCUGAGACCUAUUGGGAGAAAGGCAGGAAAGGCCAAGAGAGGGAGCACUUCGAACAAUGAAUGUGCACAAUUUUUGGAGCAAAUUGCUAGGAACGACACACUAAGAAUUGAGAGAGACUUGAAAAGAGAAUAA